CUUCUCAAAUCAACCGACUUUCCAGUCAUAAACUCUCACGGGUCACUCAGCUUUCAAGAGAGAUUUCCUCCGCUAUUGCUCACUGCCUUCGCUGCAAAUACUCCGGCAAGGUGGCUCUGCGGCGACGCUUGCUACCACACCGCUCGCCGGCUCUCCGAAUAUCUCAACAUGGGUCGACCCGAACCCUGUGUACUCUUUGCCCAGACCUUCGUUCACCCUCAGUUGGACGAAUACGUUGACGAAGUCAUGUUUGCUGAACCUAUUGUGAUAUCCGCCUGUGAGUUUUUGGAGCAAAAUGCGCCGUCAGCUUCGUCUGCCGUCACUCUUCUCGGGGCUACUUCACCUCCUUCUUUCGCUUUGGAGGUAUUUGUUCAGUGUGAGGGGGAAGCGAGAUUUAGGCGUCUUUGCCAACCAUUUCUAUACUCACAUUCGUCAUCAAACGUUCUUGAAGUUGAGGCUGUGGUGACUAAUCAUCUAGUCGUGAGGGGCAGUUAUCGCAGUCUAAGCUUGGUUGUAUACGGAAACACAGCUGAAGAUCUUGGGCAGUUUAAUGUUGAAUUUGACUUGGACAACUCUGUAGCAAAACUUGUUUCUUCUUCUGAGGCAAAGCUUGAGGACCUGCCACCUCUAUUACAUUCUAGAAAUCCUAAAUUUGAGGAUGCGAUAUCCUCUCUGAAGGCAUUGUCUUCAAUGCUCCCAGCGGCAGAUAUUUCUGUACAGAUGCGGCAGUUUUUGCAACUUAUAUUUAAGAUAUUGGAUAUCCCAAACUUUGGUGAAUUUAGUCAGAAGGUUAUGGCUUUGAUUACUUCAGCAGUUGCUUCAUUUUUCACAGAUGACUUAGCUAGUGCUGGAAUCACAUUGCAAGAGUUAAAUUUGGGAGCAUUAGCGAAUGUCAAAGGGUCUUUUCAUGUUUUCACUGAGGCUCAAAGGAAUCUUUUUGAGCUUUGUAAAAGAUACGUAGGAGCAGGCCAUAUAUAUGGAGAUUUUUUGGUAGGGUGCAGUUUUCUCGAGUCUGAAGCCGAGUUAGCCACUUCUAAAGAGUUGGUCGAUAUGUUGUUCCAGCAUUUCCCGUUCAAUAGGGAUACUGUAUUUGUUGGACAUCCUCAUCUAUCAAAGAGUAAUAAUGUACUUCUUUGGUUGAGUUUAGCUCUGAUUCUAUGUUCGGGGAAAGAGAGUUGUUUUCAUUAUGUAAAUGGUGGAGGAAUGGAGCAGCUUGCACAUUUCUUUAGCCAGGAAAUGCUAAAUAGUGCGACAGUUACUUUGAUGCUUCUUGGAGCUAUGGAACAGGCAACUCGAUACUCUGUUGGGUGUGAAGGUUUGUUAGGUUGGUGGCCUCGUGAAGGUGAAAAGGUCCCAUCUGGUGUUAGUGAAGGAUAUAGCCUACUGUUAAAGUUACUUAUGCAAAAACAACGGCAUGAUAUUGCUGCAUUGACGACUUAUAUACUUCAUCGGUUGCGGUUCUAUGAAGUCGCUUCGAGAUAUGAGUAUGCAGUACUUUCCAUAUUGGGUGGACUCUCUGGUGAUGGGAAUGCUACAACCACGACCUUAAGCCUGCUAUUGAAAGCCAAGUUACAGCUAAGAAAGCUCUUGAAAAUGAUUAACUCGUCGGGUUGGGUUGAGGAUCCUUCUCCAAUGGCCUGUGCAAUCCGAUCAUUAAUGGUGGCAUCUUCUGAAGGAUCAUUGUCUUUCAAAGCAACCAGCAAGCUUAUUGCUUCGUCAAGUUGUCGUUUUCUGCAUCAGAAAAUUGAUGCAAAGUUGCUCUCCCUUUUGAAGGAGAGAGGGUUUCUUCCCUUAUCAGUUGCAUUAAUAUCGUCAACAGAGUUGCGGGCUGAAAGAGGACAUGCUCUCGAAGCUUUUUUGGAUUUGACGUCUUCUAUUGAAGCCACAAUUCUUUCACUUAUGUUUUGCCGUUCAGGUCUUGUCUUCCUGCUGCAGCAUCCUGAUCUUUCCUCCACAAUCAUUCGUGCAUUCAAGGGGGAUGAUAAUGUCACUAAAUUUAUUCCUCUUCGAUAUGCAUAUGUUUUGGUAUCAAAAGGGUUUUUUUGCCAUCUGCAAGAGGUUGGAACAAACCUUGAGAUGCAUCUGAGAGUGGUUCAUGCUGUUGAUCGCUUGCUUACAUCAACACCAUGUUCAGAGGAACUUCUUUGGGUGUUGUGGGAGCUUUGUGGUCUGUCCAGAUCUGAUGGUGGACGUCAAGCAUUACUGGCUCUCACACACUUUCCAGAGGCUUUUACAAUAUUGAUUGAAGCACUGCAUUCUGCCAAGGAGUUGGAACCUAUUUCUUUGUCUUGCGGCACCCCUUUGAAUCUUGCUAUCUUUCAUGCUGCUGCUGAGAUAUGUGAGAUCAUUGUUACAGAUCCAACUUCAUCUUCAGUCAGUGUCUGGAUUGACCAUGCAACUGAUCUCCAUAGAGCUCUGCAUUCCUCUUCUCCUGGAUCUAAUAGAAAAGAUGCCCCUAGUAGACUCUUGGAGUGGAUAGAUGCUGGGGUUGUUUACCAUAAAAAUGGGGCUGUUGGUCUUCUACGUUAUGCCGCUGUUUUAGCCUUUGGGGGUGAUGCUCAUAUAACUUCUACAAACAUUUUGGUAUCAGACUCAAUGGAUGUGGAGGAUGUAGUUGGAGAUACUUCUAAUGAAUCAGAUGUCAAUGUUGUUGAAAGUCUGCUUGGGAAACUUGUUUCUGACAAGUCAUUUGAUGGGGUUGCGCUUCGCGAUUCAUCUGUGGCUCAGUUAAUAACAGCAAUUAGGAUUUUGGCGCUCAUUUCUGAAAAUGCGGACGUUGCUGCUUCACUGUUUGAUGAAGGUGCUAUGACAGUUGUCUAUAUCAUUCUCGUGAACACCAGAUUGAUGCUUGAAAGAUCUUCCAAUAAUUAUGAUUAUCUUGUUGAUGAUGGCAUAGAGUGCAGUUCUACAUCUGAUCUAUUGCUGGAGCGUAAUCGCGAGAAAUACCUGGUUGAUCUUUUGAUUCCUUCGCUUCUGCUGCUUAUAGAGCUUCUGCAAAGAUUAAAGGAAGCCAAAGAGCAGCACAGGAAUACCAAACUAAUGAAUGUCCUCUUACGACUGCACCGUGAAUUAAGCCCCAAGUUAGCAGCUUGUUCUGUGGAUCUAUCCUCAUCUUAUCCUGACUCUGCACUUGGUUUAGAAACAGUUUGCCAUCUGAUUGUGUCAGCUCUAGCUUGCUGGCCUGCACAUGCUUGGGCUCCAGGUCUUUUCCACACACUUCUUGAUAGUGUUCAGGCAGCUUCCUUGCUAGCAUUGGGUCCGAAGGAAACUUGUAGCAUGCUGUAUUUAUUGAUUGAUCUGUUUCCUGAUGAGGGUGUCUGGCAUUGGAAGAAUGGUAUGCCCUUGCUAACAGCUUCCCGAUCGUUGGCUGUUGGGACAUUGUUAGGUCCCCUAGAGGAGAGGAAAGUUAACUGGUACCUGGAGCGUCCAUGUGUUGAGAUUCUUCUUGGUCAAUUGAGUCCACAUCUUGAUAAAAUUGCGCAAGUUAUACAUCAUUAUGCUGUUGGUACGCUAGUCGUGGUACAAGAUAUACUUCGCAUACUCAUACUUCGUAUUGCACGUCAAAGAACAGAAUUUGCGACAGUGCUUCUGCAGCCUAUGAUUUCUUGGAUUGAGAACCACUUGAUUGGAACUUCACCUCUGGACGAGAUAGACGCAUACAAGGGUUACAAGUUGCUAGAUUUCCUUUCUCUCUUGCUUGAACAUCCACUUGCUAAGACCUUACUACUGAAAGAGGGUACACUCCAGAUUCUGACAAAAGUGCUUGGAAGAAUUGAUGCUCAUGUGAAAUCUGUUUCAAAUGGAAGAAGCUCAUUAAACUCUAGAUUCAAUAUCUAUAAUUGCUGCCUCCCAGUAUUGAGGUCCUUGUCUUUAAUUUGUGAAACUCGAUCUGCUCAGAAGCUACAUUUGUUGCUCGACGGCAAUGAGACUCUGAGUACUGAAGAUUCUGCUGUGAUUUUUAGCUACAUAUUCAAACUCUGUCAGCAUCUACCAGCUGGAAAUGAGUUGGUUGCUUGUUUAGGCACUUUCAAAGAUCUAGCUUCUACUGCUAUAGGUCAGAGCACAUUGCUCGACACUUACCUUUUUAUCAGAUCCAGUAGUAACAACGAAAACCAACCGGGACGAUCACAAGAAAGUUAUCAAUUUUAUAAUCGCCUAAUUGAUGCUGAAUGGAAGGGGUGUCCUCUGCUAACGUGCUGGAUUAAUUUAUAUGGGUCAGUUGAGACUGAGGGUCUAUCCACUUGUUCAGUUGAAGCUAUUGGUCUGCUAUCAAUUGGUGUGUUGAGAUUUUGCAUGAGUGGCAGAAGUUUCAACGAGGAUAGAAUUGAUGCCUUGAAGUAUUUCUUUGGGCUUUCAAGUGAUGUUGAUGGAGCAAAUGGUGUUCUCGAGGAAAACAUUAAGUAUGUCCAAGAUAUGUGUACUUUGUUGAGUUCAAAGAUAACUGAUGAUGAAUAUGCUGUUUCAUCACAUCUGAAGGCGACCUUGCAUCAGGCCGUGGAAUCUGUGAAGUUCCUUUCUUUACUGCUACUGAAACCUAUUGAUUCAUUUAAGGAUGAUGAUGCUUUCACUGAUGAAGUUCUCUUGUUUUCAUCUGAUGCUAAACUUUCUUCAAAGAUACAUUUGCUAACAGAUAGCAGUUCAGAAAGGGUUGAAAAUGAAUUGAACUUUGGUGAGUUAGGUGAAAGUUUUCAAUGGGAGUGCCCUGAAAAUUUACGCAAUAGGCUGUCACAGGCUGGUCUCCUGGGCAAGAGGAAGAUUUCAGCAGUGGACGGAGUCAACAGACAUGGCAAGGGAGAAAAUGCUCCAGUUGACGUACGAGGAUCAGGGUCAUCUAUGGCACCUCCUAUUCCAACUCGAAGAGAUACCUUUCGACAACGCAAGCCGAAUACAAGCAGGCCUCCAUCUAUGCACGUAGAUGAUUAUGUUGCCAGAGAAAGGAAUGAGUCUUCAAAUCCUAACGUUAUUGCAGUUCCACGUUUGGGGUCAUCUGGUGGGCGGCCUCCAUCAAUUCAUGUUGAUGAGUUCAUGGCUAGGCAGAGGGAGCGUCACAAUUCUGUUCCUAUAGCAGGCGUAGAGGCUUCAUCCCAAGGGAAAAAGAUUACGCUUGAGAUUGAUAACGAUACAGAAAAGUCCAACCGAUCUAAGCAGCUCAAAGUUGAUCUUGAUGACGAUCUUCAAGAAAUUAUGUUUGAUGCUGAGGAAAAUGAAGCAGAUGAUAAGCUGCCUUUUCCUCAAGCAGAUGAUGACGUACAGCAGACUGCAUCUGCUUCAGCUGAGACAAGUCCUCAACAUUCAAUUGUUGAAGAGACAGAGAGUGAAGCCAAGGACCUGGAAGCAACUGUGGCUUCUAAUGCGGUUGAGAAUGCACAAAGUGAACUUUCUUCUAGAAUGUCAGUAUCACGUCCAGAGAUGCAACUGAGACGUGAACCCAGUGUUUCUUCAGAAAAUAAAUAUUUUGAGCAACCUGAUGAGACGAAUAAUAAAAAUCCAACUAUGGUCUCUGGUGGCUUUGAUUCUGUUGCAGUAGCAAAGACGUCUGGAUUCCCUGCCUCUGUAUAUGGAAAACAUUCUCCAUCAGGGGCUCAGGUUCCUGCCGAUGCAAGGAUACCACCUUCCAGUUUUAUUCCUGAUAAUAAUCUUCAAAGAGUUGGGAAUGUGCUCCUUGGCAGGUCACAAGGCCGCCAUGAGCAGAAACAUCUGCCAAAUCAACCACCAUUACCUCCAACACCACCUCCAUCAACAAUUUCACCUGUUAGAUCACAGGUUUCUGAAAACCAAACUUCAAGAUCUCCAUUCGUUAAUCCUCAUAAUGAUGUGCAGCCGCCUCUGUAUCCAACUUAUGCACAGACUGAUUAUCAGUCUUCUUUUGGCAAUGUCCCCACAUCAUUUGCAUCUUCCAACUUCAUGUCGGAUUCACGCUAUGCACGAACAACCAACUCUUCUCCCGGGAGCUCUAAUAGACCUUUGCCACCACUUCCUCCAACACCACCUUCUUUCUCAGCUACCCCAUUGAAUGUUCCAUCCAGGUCUCCUACAUCCCAAUCCUCGAUGUAUGUUCAGCAUAACGCCGGAGCAACUGACGCUUCUCAGUAUUCAUCUCCGCCGCUGAUUCCCCCAGGUUUUAGCAGGCUACCUUCAAUGCCAUUUAAUAUGCAUGGAAAUAUUCCUGUUCAGCAAAGUGAUAAUAUAACGGGCAUAGCUCAGAAUAGCCGUGGUCCACAACCCUCAAUGCAAUCAAUGCAACCACUUCCCCACCUGCAACCCUUGCAACCCCCUCAACUCCCUUGCCCUCAGCAACUAAGAUUGCCAAUACAAAAUUCGCUACAUACAGAGCAAAGUGGUUCCAUGUCACAGAGCCAUGUCCAGAUGCAGGUUCAGCCACCGCAAAUUCUGCAACAAUCUCAAACGUCUCCAUAUCAUUUGUAUUAUCAGACCCAGUCGCAGGAGAACAUCCCACAUCCACAGCAACCACAAGCAGCACAUCACCAGGUAGAUGCUGCUACCCAGCAGCAGAUGGAUUCUUCAAUGUCACUGCAACAGUAUUUCAGUUCUCCUGAGGCGAUUCAGUCCUUGUUGAGUGAUCGUGAUAAGCUUUGCCAACUUCUAGAGCAGCACCCAAAGUUGAUGCAGAUGCUUCAGGACCAACUUGGCCAUCUCUAAACUUCAACCUGAGGCAACUAGGCAACUGAAGGAAUAUUUUCUUACACCUGCCCCUUAUUAUAUGCAUAACAUUUUGUGUGGGCGGCAUUUUCUCAACUAUCAAUGUAUCAGGGUUUCACCGCUUUUUGUAUCAGUGCUACAAUUCGUUUGUACAUUUCUUCAUUGUAAUUUGUGAAUAAAUUAGUGCUUCUAAUGGCCAUUCCAUAUUCAUUGUUGACCCAAAACUUCAUAGUGUAAGGCUACAAGGUGGGCAAGUUGAUGAAAAUACUCAAACCUCUGUGUUUGUGACUCAGAGGACUGUGGGACGUGGAAAUUAAGGACUGUUAUUUUUAAACGAAGGCCAGUAUAAAGCAGAUACAGUAACAGGUAGAUUUGAUGUUUUUGGAGUUCGGAAUCAUUCCCGAAUAGUUGAAUACGAUGAACAUAAGCUUUA